AUGCUGGUCAAAGUGAAACAUAAGGGGGAGCAGAGAUUUGUCAAAAUAUAUGAAGUCAAGCUUGUGGAUCUAUUUGAUGAAGCUUUCAAGAAGUUUGGAAUUCCUCUCAACCGCUUAUCUGAUGCCAAACUUUUUGAUGAAACAAAAACUAAAAUAGAUGAAGAUGUUUUUGAAGAGGUGAUGCUGUCAAACAUUGGCCAUGUUUAUGAACUGUCAUUGGACAGCACACCGGAAGAACUUGAUGCUGAGGUGAUGCAGACGAGCCGAGAAAGUUCCAUCCUGGAUAUUGAUGAUUGUGAUGCUGUGAUUUUGAACAUUGAAAGCCCUCUGCAGACACAGUCAAGUUCCAGAAAUAAAGAUUCUGUAAGUAUUUCUUUCAAAGAUAAUGUCCUUGUAGCUAAACUUCAACUUUUUCUGCCCUGA